UUUAAACCAAUCGCAGAGGAGGAAAUAAGUUGUUUCACAAACCAAGAUGGCAGGUAACCUCGUGUGCCGGGUUCACCCGGUUGUUCUCUUCAGCAUUAUUGACUCGUUCGAGAGAAGAAAUGAAGAUGCAAGAAGAGUCAUAGGAACAUUACUUGGAUCCUUUGACAAGGGGGUAGUGGAUGUAACAAACUGUUUCUGUGUCCCACACAAUGAAUCAGAAGACGAGGUGGCAGCAGACCUUGAAUAUGCUAGAAAUAUGUAUGAACUCCACAAAAAAGUCAACCCUGCUGAAAUAAUAGUGGGAUGGUAUUCCACAGGGUCUGAUGUCUCAGAACACUCAGUUCUCAUUCAUGAAUAUUACACCAGGGAAGCCAAGAACCCAGUACAUGUCACUGUAGACACUGGGCUCAAAGGCUCCAAGAUGGAUGUCAAGUGCUACGUCAGUGCUAACAUUGGAGUACCUGGAAAGACGGUGGGAUGCAUGUUCACUCCAGUGCAAGUUGAAAUUAACACGUACGAGCCAGAAAAAGUCGGGGUGGAUUUGAUCCAACAAGGCAAAUCUAUCGGUAAUAAUAAGCGCACGGUGAGCAUGGUCAGUGAUUUGACCCAGGUAGAGCGGGCAUGCUCCAAUCUCCAGGAGAAGCUGACACUGGUGUUGGAGUAUGUGGAAGAAGUGCUGGCCAACAAGAUUCAACCUGACACAAGUAUUGGAAGAUAUUUACUAGAUUUAGUAAAUAAUGUCCCCAAAAUAGAACCAGAGGAAUUUGAAACCAUGCUUAACUCAAAUAUGAAGGAUCUUCUGAUGGUAGUCUACCUUGCUAAUCUGACCAGAACCCAGCUUGCUCUGAACGAGAAAUUGCAGACACUGACAGUGUAGACCAACAAUUGCUCCGUUUGUGUAUUGAUACCUGGUUAUCUGCCAUCAUUGACUGACAGUCUGAGGACUUGCCACCACACAGGACAAUGACUAUUAUUUAUUAUAGCAACAUGUGCAUUAAUUUUCUCAUUAAAAUAUGUAAUACCAGAA